AUGCCCACAGUUCAGCUUUAUGUCUACGACCUUAGUAAUGGGCUCGCAAAGCAGCUUUCACGACAAUUAACCGGAAAGCAGAUAGACGGUGUAUGGCACACAUCUGUCGUUAUCUUUGGCAAGGAAGUCUUUUAUGGUCAGGGCAUCUCUAUCACCGCCCCAGGGCAAUCUCAUCAUGGAAAUCCGCUGCACGUAGUCGACGUGGGAGAAACUGCGCUGGAUGAGGAGACCUUCAAUGAAUAUCUCGAGGAGAUGCGUGAUGUAUACACGGCGGAUAAAUACCAUCUUCUAGACUUUAACUGCAACUCUUUCACGAAUGACUGUGUUGGGUUUUUGACGGGAGGUUCUAUCCCUGCGUGGAUCAAAGACCUCCCAUCUGAUUUCCUGUCAACACCGUUUGGAGCCGCCCUACGACCCACCAUCGAUUCCAUGUUCCGCCGACCCACUCCUGGCGCCGCUUCUCCUCCGGCUGCCCCAUCCCCAGGUGCUAUGCAGCAAGCUGCCGCUGCAUCGCCCAACCCGGCUCUCGCGUCUGCCCUUCUUCAAGCCGUGGCAUCGCAGGCCAUGUCCACAGGUUCCCUUUCCGUCCCUACCUCGCUGCCUCGCACGCCCACCGCCGGUAGUGCGACAGUCGCGGCGCCCAUCCACAUGUGCACAAACUCGUCGGCUCUCCACGGCAUUUUGCAGUCGCACCGAGCGGCUGUGGUCUUCUUCACCUCUGCGACAUGCGGGCCUUGCAGGAUGAUCGAGCCCGUCUUCGAGGAGCUUUCGCACAACAAGACGCACGGCAACGGAGGCGGGAAAACGGCGUUCGUCAAGGUAGACAUGGCGGGGAUGGGUAACCAGGUUGGCGCGGAGUAUGGUAUUCGGGCAACUCCGACAUUCUUGUUCUUCUUGGACGGCAAGAAGAUUAAUGAGGUUAAGGGUGCAAAUGCGGCAGAGCUGCGCUCGCAAGUAGACAUGCUCCUCUUUCAAGCAUUUCCGCCGCACCCACACACAAAGCUGUCACUACGUGCAGUAGAAGCGUUGUCAACCGACCCUAUCUUGUUUACCCAAGUACCGGCUCUCGAUACCGUGGCCACCAAAUUCGGUACCUUCAUCGACGCCGCGACCCCUUCGGAGCAGUUGACGACCGCUAAGGCCACUAUCUCCACCUCUUUCUUGCCUUUCCUUAAGACGCGGUUCGCCGACUCAGGAUCCGCAAGCAAAAAGCCGGCUGUACAAUGCACGCCUCAGAUGUUAGCUCAGUGGACGACUGCCACCACCUCCCUCGUGAACGUCCUAUCCCCAGCCCAACUGUUCCCACUGGUCGACAUGUGGCGCCUCGCCUUGCUUGAGGAGUCCGUAGCAACUUGGCUGGCGACAGCACCCACUCCCAGCGCGCUCUCCCUGCUGCUUAAUAAGGGGGCGCAGGUCCUGGACACCGCGGACCCUGCUCAAAAGACCGCGGGCCGGAACUACCUCCUCACCCUCCUCCGUCUACUCGCGAACGGCUUCGCCCACGCUGCGCUCGCCCAAUCGCUCCUCGCGCACGCACCCGCGGGCAAGCGCGCCCUGGUGACGUGUGUCGUCGUGGCUUGCCUGCUCUUCGGGGACGCGGCGGUGCGCACGGCGGCGGCGAGCGUCGCGUUCGACGUCGCGGCGACGCUGCAGCGGAGUCGCGUAGAGCGAGUCACGGGCCGGGCGGCGAGCACGGGGAUGGGACACAUUGAGGUGGCAGAGGACGAGGAGUGGGAGGUGGAGAUGGUUAGCGCGGUCCUGGAGGCGCUGACGAACGAGACCCAGAGCGAGGAAGUCGUGCAUCGAUUGGUCGCGGCUCUGGCGUUCUUGCUGCGCCUGAGUCCGUCUUACGAGGGCCAGUUGGCUCCGUUGUUGGAGGUUUUGCAGGCACGGGAGACACUGAAGAGCAAACUCGCGAAGGGCGGUUGUGGCGAGAGCGGUGUGCAAAAGGCCGAGGUGCGAAAGCUGAUUGAGGAAGUCGCGGACAAGCUCUGUUCGUGA